AUGUCGAACCCAAAUCCCGAUUUGUACAUCAACCCCGACUACAUCUACAAGGGUGGCUGGACGAACUGGAAUGGCGAUGUGACUACUGGAGGGAAAAUUACCGUUUCAAAGAAAGGCGCUGAGCUACUUAUGGUAUUUAUCGGCAUUUUCUUCGUGUUCAUGGAAGCUGGCCUAUGGUCGCUCAUUUCCUUUGGCCUAUUCCUCUGGCGCAGGUCACAGAGCCUGGAGCAAGUCGGAAGCAGAAGUUCUUCCACAGUGAGGAGCCUGGACCGUGACGCUCUCUGGCAUCUGCAACAGGCAACGCUCCGUAAUGGAGGAGAUGAUCGAGCGGUCGGAAUCACAUACAUCUCAUUGUGGCUCAACUAUGGAUGGAAGAGCUUCGACGUCAUAUUACGCACCUGGCCGACUAUAUUUCUGGCGCUCACAUCAUUUGGGAUAUUUCUUAUCGCGCUGCCGUUCAUUGCCGCGUAUUUGAUGCUUGACAGUCAAGGAGUUGAAGUCCUGAUUCAUAGUCCCCAAUGCGGAUAUUGGCAAGCGUCCUUUAGCGACGACUUGGUUGUCGCCUCCACGGACGUAGCGAACCGUACUAUGGAAGCCGUCCAAUACGCCGACACUUGCUACGAGAACAAUUCUCCGUCCGAACUCUGCGACAACUAUCUUGUGAAGCGGAAUUUAGAGUGGACUGGGUGGCACAACACAGAGUGCCCAUUUGAAGACGGGAUGUGCCUUGGUAACGACAAGUUCCCCGCCUUUCAGAUGGAGACGCUGCUUCUAGACUCGCACGAGCACUUUGGCAUGAACUCGCCCAAACAAGGCAGGUUUGCUCUGCAAAGAACCACGACAUGUGCACCACUUAAUGUGAAAGGCUGGUCCUUGGUCGAGGGGGGUACCAUUGAAGGAGAGAACAUCACCAAAGUCUACUUUGGUGCGACGUCCUCAGACGACUAUACUUUUGGCGUCAGCAAUCUGCAAUUACUAGCCGGUCCAAAUUAUAAUCUUGCAGCUUACGUUUCCUACGCUUAUAAUGAGUCUACUGGGACCUUUGUUCCCAUUAAGCAGUUGCGUCGCACUGAUGGCGAUGUCUCUGUUGUAAUCCUGAACAACAAUCGGAUUCCUGUCGCUGGAAUCAAUGGACCUUGCCGUGAUCCUUUCUUUUCUGCAACGGACCGCCAAGUCGAGACUUUCCCGGACUGGUAUCUACCUGAUAAUCCAAUUACCGCCAUCGGUUGUGUCGACCAAUAUGCAUUCCACAACCCAGUCACUCAUCAGUGGAGUAACCAAACAGGGAUGUUGCUACUAGGUACCGACCUCACCAAGGAGUCGGGACUCGGGCCGAGGCAAGUUGCUGCGAUGAAUACACUGCGCUGGGCUCUCGGACAAGUUGGUGCUAUGGGUAGAGUCGUUGAGACGCUCGGAUCAGAUGCACUCAGAGCGAAGAAAUACCCAGGGGUGUUUGAUGGAUAUCAAAACCCACUUCCCAACGAUCAGUGGAAAAAUGAAGUUGGCUACUGGUUCAACACCCAGUUGGCGGCUCUUCAGCUGCAGUUUAUUCGCAUUGCUACAGGCCCGCAGAACACAAGAGGAAUGACCAAUAUUUUGCCCGUCUCGGCACAAGGAUCAGAACACGACUAUGAGGCAUUGAUAUGUAACUCGCAAAAGAUCCAGAACAACGGAUUCAAAAACUUCUACAGGACCGGCUUCAUUACUCUGGCUGUAAUCGGAGUACUCAUGAUCAUUGCGCCCUGGAUUCUCAUAAAGUGUGUGGUUUUCUGGGGACGUCGUGGAAAAAAUACGUUCGCGUUGGAGUGGAUUUCAUACGGACACAUGCAGUUGUUACGAAUGGCCAACGAGGGAGUCAAGGUUGAGGACUGGGAGGGAUGUGACAGCGACAUACCCUUGUUACCGUUGGAUCGCAAUAUUGCAACUCUUGAGAUAAAAACAUCGACUACUGGCAAACCGCAUCCAAAAUUGAGGGAGCCUCAGAAGGAAACAAUUGGUGCGACGGGGUCAGGCGGAGAGCCAGCUGCAGGAGAAGCAGCUGGAGGCGGAGAGAGCCAGAACAGUAUCGAUGCUACAAGGCCAAGGGUUGGGCAAACGGAAUAUUUUGCGAUGGGAGCCUUGGACAGGCAGAACUUGAACAGGCAGAACGGGGUUGGCGCAAUACCGUUGAGGACAAAUACGUCACCAGACCCAGGAGCCUUGGGUAAUCGAACAAGCAGGGAAGCGAUCUGGUAGAAGAAUAAUGGUCUUCGAGGGAAAUUAAACUGAUUAUCUUGCAUCUCUUUAAUUAUAUCACGAGCUCGACUUAUACUUCUUGCUUGUCUUAUCCCCAAAUGUCACGGUGACAUUAUAGUCAUUCAACACACCGGACUCCGCAGCGCCGAUCAAAGUGAAUAGCGAAGCCGACACGACACCUUUGCCUUUUGGUGUCGACUUAGGAAUAGUGAUGGUCUUGUUGAAGUUGCGCAGCUGGUUAGAC